UUUCUAUCGCUCAGUCUCCUCAUCCCCUCAGUGAUGCGAUCAUCAUAGAGGAAGAACAGGUACCGGCAAUCAAGUGAAGACGACAACCGCACCACAAAAGCGCAGCUGCUACCUGCGGCAAUCUAUUGCGUCUUUGGCCGCCUCCUCUCGUUCCCUUUUCUUGCCUGAAUAAAUUGUGUCGCUGGCCGUGAGUCAAUUCUAAAGAGAAGAGGAACAAACGAGGCAAAACCAUCAAAAUGAAACAUUAUUUGAGGGUGGUGACACAGUUCUUUGUGUUCCUGUACUGUAAAUGUCUGUGGCGAGGCCUAAAGUUUGUGAUCAGGAAGGUCACGGGGUGGUGUGAACUGCAGCGGAUUUGCUACAACAUCAAGCCAGGGGCCCGCAGGACCCUUAAGAUUGAGUCCUCUCUCAGGUACUCAAAGAAUGAGCUGUGCCAGUCUGCCCUCAGUGCUCACCCAGACCGUGUGGAGAAAACCAUUGAUAACAUCCUGACCCUGAAGAAGAUCAACCCUGACUCUAACCCACAGCUGGGCAUCUCCCUCCAGGCCAGCCUCUUCCAGAUCGUGGGCUACCGUGGCCUGGUGGCGGAGGUGGAGACGCUACGCAGGGAGCCAUACGACUUUGAGAACCCCGACCACGAGGAGAUGCUGAUGAAGCUGUGGAAGACACUGCGUCCUGAUUCAUCACUCACCGGGCGGAUCUCCAAGCAGUGGUGUGAGAUCGGUUUCCAAGGCAAUGACCCCAAGACCGACUUCAGGGGAAUGGGUUUACUGGGUCUACACAACCUUCUAUAUUUUGCUGAGCAUGACAAGGCCACCGCUCUCCAGGUGCUUUAUGACUCCCUCCAGCCCAAACACAGAUACUCCUUUGCCAUCGUGGGCAUCAACAUCACAGACCUGGCCUACUCUCUGCUAGUGAGCGGAGCCCUGAAGACCCACCUGUACAACGUAGCCCCGGAGAUGCCCAGCCUCAGCCACUUCCAGCAGACCUUCUGUUACCUAAUGCAGGAGUUCCAUCGGUUCUGGAUCGAGGACGACCCCUGUGACAUCAUGGAGUUCAACCGUGUGCGCUCCAAGUUCCACCGACGGGUGCUGCGACAGCUCAAGAACCCCGACAUGGCACUGUGCCCCCACUUCGCCGCCUCUGACCUCCACCUGGUCAACCUCUAAACACACUCCCAUUGACUAACCAUCAACCUCUAACCCCUGACCUGUAACCUCCUCAACCAUUCCUCCACCCUCCCAGUUACAUCAUGUCACUGCCAACUGCUCACCCAGCCAGCGCUCGCACACAUUCUCUCUCACACACACACACGCUCACACACACGCUCUCACACACACCCACUCCUCCACACCCUGCCUAUAAGUCCCACAGCGACUUCAGAACAACCAGCACCAUACUGACGACCAUGGUGAUUGUAGCAGUCUAAUCACUAGAAAUAGAUGCCGAUUUUGUAUGUUUGAAAAGAUCCUGAGAACGCCUUCCUCGGCUCUCACAAACAAAUAGUUGAUGAUAGAUGGAAACAGUGUGUUGUUUUUAAAUAUUUUGUUUUAAUCCUUCCACAAACCAUAGCCCUAACCUGAACCACUCGGAAUGAAUACCUAAACUUAACUGACUUGUUUCUGUUUCAACCCUGUAACCACAUGGAAUUAACCCUGUAACCACGCGGAAUUAAUGAGUCAAAAAUAGAUGUUCAUCCAUAAUAAGUCAAAUUCUAAAGAGAGACUAUGAGAUCGUGUUUAUUGUACGGGUGCAUGAUGAGGCUGCACCACAUAGUAAUUCACUGACUCGUUGUUAUUCCUUGCAUUAACGAUUUGUGAUUGUACGAAAGCCAUUCGUUGCUGGUUAUGUAUUAUUAUUAUACAUUUUUAAAGAGAUAGUUUACCCAAAUUACAAAAUGAUAUAGGAAACAAAUAUGUAAUUUGGGUGAACUAUCCCUUUAAUUGAAUCAUCAUAAAACAAGUGCUUUGUUUUCUCCAGCCUUGAAUACAUGUUGUAAUGAAUGUUCGGCCGUGAGACCAAAAAGAUUUGAGGACAUUUCAGGAGGCAUGGCUUCUUCUCUACUAUUACAGGGGGCAAUAACAGUAGCACUGUCAGAAGUCACAAACUGAAAAUGCCUCAUAAGCUUCCUAAUUACCUGAGCCAUGUAUUUAUUCUAUAUUUAUAUAUGUAGGAUCUUAAUUUGAUCACUAAUUUGUUGCUGAGAAUUUUCCUGCAAAUCAGGAAAUGUAAACGUGUAGUUUGUAAUUUCCACUUUGAAAUUUCAGACUUGAUUUUCAGACUUGCAUCAAACCCUACAAAAAUGUCCAUUAAUUAUAAUCCACAUAAUAAUUCACAUUUCCUGUUGCUACAGGAUUAUUUUCCUGCUGUAGCAAACUGGCUCAAAUGAAGAUCCUACAUCUGUAUAUGGCUCUGUACUGCACUGAACUGUAAUGUACUGUAUAAGGAAGUCAGAGAUACUGUCCAAUCUUAUAUUGCCUAGCGUAUUCAUACAGAAGUGGUGAAGCAGCAAGGCUUUGUGUUACCAUGUGUGGACAGACAAUUAUUGAUUGGUUGAUGAGGAGGAUAUGAGGGAAUAAAAGUAGGCUAAUAAACAUUGAUUGCUUUAUGAUACAUAACCUGGAGAAAAGGGUACACUUAAUGUCCUUUUUUUUAAGGAAAAUCACAUUUUUUGUCCAUUAAAAUAACAUCAAAUUGAUCAGAAAUAUAGUGUAGACAUUGGUAAUGUUGUAAAUGACGACUGUAGCUGGAAACGGAUGAUUUUUAUUGGAUUAUCUACAUAGGCGUACAGAGGCCCAUUAUCAGCAACCAUCACUCCUGUGUUCCAAUGGCACGUUGUGUUAGCUAAUCCAAGCUUAUAAUUUUAAAAGGUUAAUUGAUCAUUAGAAAACCCUUUUACAAUUAUGUUAGCACAGCUGAAAACUAUUGUGCUAAUUAAAGAAGCAAUAAAACUGGUCUUCUUUAGACUAGUUUAGUAUCUGGAUCAUUAGCAUUUGUGGGUUCGAUUACAGGCUCAAAAUGUCCAGGAACAAAGACCUUUCUUCUGAAACUCGUCAAUCUAUUCUUGUUCUGAGAAAUGAAGGCUAUUGCAUGCGAGAAAUUGCCAAGAAACUGAACAUCUCGUACAACACUGUGUACUACUCCCUUCACAGAACAGCACAAACUGGCUCUAAGCAGAGUAGAUCUCAAACUAGACACUCUAAUGUACUUGUCCUCUUGCUCAGUUGUGCACCGGGGCCUCCCACUCCUCUUUCUACUCUGGUUAUGUGCAUUUCUUUCAAAACAAGGACAUUUCUAAGUGACCCCAAACUUUUGAACAGUAAUGUAUAUUUGAGGUCAAGCGCAUGAUAAGAAUUCUUCACAAGAGCAGUUUCCUUAUAGCCAAAAUGUAGACUAAUGUGGAGAAUUCACAUUCAUCAGAAUAGCAGUUUGAAAACAUUGUCAUUUCUUUCAUGAAUGUUAUUCAGCUAUGUCCACGGUUGUUUGAUUUGUAAAUCUUUAUUCAACUAUGUCGACGAUUACUCGAUUUGAUUGUUUUGAUUGAAUCCUUUAUUAUUUAUUGAAAAGAUACGCUAAUAUAAUGUUUGUUUUGAACCAGUGCUGCCUGCGUGUUGUUUUAUUCACUGUAUGGCAUAGUCAAAGAAAACUAUGAGGUUACUUAAUGUAACCAAGGUUGUUGGAAGGAAGACACCGCUCAUAUUUUAACACUUUCAGUGAGGAGGGACCGUUAAUUCCCAUAGAGCGGACUGUGAGCUGUGUCGAGUGACUGACAAGAAAAACCUACUUAUACAUAUGAACUUACACCGAUGCCUCUAUACUGAAUUCACAUUUUGCUGUGUUGUAUAUUUUUCACUGUGACUAAUUCAUAUUACAGUGACUGAAAUAAUAUUCCAGGUGUGCAUGUUUUGUACUCCCGGUGAACCAGGUAAAGACCACUGAUGUCUAAUGGUUAUUUAAAGGGACAUAUUACACAUUCAUGAAAGCUUGUCAGGGAUUUCAGUGAACAUCACACAUGUAAUUAUCAUAGGCCUUCUUUUAAAAAGACUUGUCUGGUGUAAAUGCCAUGCUUGCACAGUUCCUUUCUUUGAAAUAGUAUUUCAUGAACAGGUUUGUAACCUUUUAAAUGAAUGUCAAUGCUUUCCAAAGUUUUGCAGCAGUUUACUUCAGUGAAUGUCAACAUGUGGUUUUAGUCCUGCUCGCACCUUUGCUCUUUCUUUCACUUUGCUGUCGUCAACAGUGCGCUAUUGUAAAUACAUAUCGCUGAAAUACACUUUAGUGCAACAGUAAUGUAUUUGAGUGUUUUUGGGAUUAAUGAUCAAUAAAGAUGUACAUGAAGUUAGAUAUAAGCUGUUGUACAUACUGCUUGAAGAAAUGCUACUAAAGAGAUCAUCUUGAGACCAAUAUACAUGAUCAAACCCAUAAUGUCACUGCUCCUCCGGCAUCUUGUGCUGCUUCUGUUUAAGCCUAGAUCACAAUAAAAGCUAAAUAUCAUUAAA